AACUUGGUGUACAGGAAGUUGCCCUUCUUCCAAGAAAUCCAUCCAUCGAAUCGGGGCAGGGCAUAAAAACGCGAAUUGAAGGCCUCCCAAUUUCAUUUGGAUUCGAAAUCACUACGCCAUUCCAUUUCUCCUCGACUUCUUGUUGUGCCCACCAGAGUACUCUGAAAAUCAUCCCUGGUCCUGUCGUUUCCAGAUUUUCUGCAUAAACCCUACCCUUAUCCAGCACUAGAUCGGGGCCAUCUACAAUGGCUGCGGCGGCGACAAUGGUGAGUUCAGCGGGCGGUCUACUGGCGAUGUUGAAUGAAAGUCAUCCGGCGCUGAAGCUGCACGCCCUUUCCAACCUCAACGCCUUCGUGGACUAUUUCUGGCCCGAGAUCUCGACUUCUGUCCCGAUUAUAGAAAGUUUAUAUGAAGAUGAAGAGUUUGAGCAGAGACACUUAGCUGCCUUGCUUGUUUCAAAGGUUUUCUAUUACUUAGGAGAACUCAAUGACUCAUUGUCGUAUGCACUUGGAGCUGGGCCUCUCUUUGAUGUAUCCGAGGAUUCAGACUAUGUUCAUACUCUGCUUGCUAAAGCAAUUGAUGAAUACGCCAGCCUCAAAACUAAGUCAGCUGAGUCAAAUGAUGAAGCUGCAGUUAUUGACCCUAGACUUGAAGCAAUUGUGGAGCGAAUGCUUGAUAGAUGUAUAACGGAUGGAAAAUAUCAACAAGCCAUAGGAAUGGCCAUUGAGUGCAGGCGAUUGGAUAAGCUUGAGGAAGCAGUUAUAAGGAGCGAUAAUGUUCAUGCUACAAUUAAUUAUUGCAUAGAUAUCUGUCAUUCAUUUGUCAACCGAAGAGAAUACCGACGUGAGGUGCUUCGACUUCUUGUUAAAGUGUAUCAGCAGCUGCCAUCUCCUGAUUAUUUGAGCAUCUGUCAGCGUCUAAUGUUUCUAGACGAACCAGAUAGUGUUGCUAGCAUAUUAGAGAAACUCCUUCGAUCUGACAAUGUAGACGAUGCUCUGUUGUCAUUUCAAAUAGCCUUUGAUCUUGUGGAGAACGAACAACAAGCUUUCCUUUUGAAGGUGAGAGAUAGGCUUCCUAGUCCCAAGUCCCAGCCUUCGGAGCCUGUACAAUCAUCUGAACCUGCUCAGCAAAAUGCCCCCCCAAGUGAAAAUGCUGCACCUUCAGAGGAUGUUCAAAUGACGGAUGGAUCUCAAACAGAUAACAACAGCUCAACUACUAUUGAUCCAAGUGAAGCAGUUUAUGCUGAGAGGUUAACAAAGAUAAAAGGAAUCUUGUCUGGAGAGACUUCAAUACAAUUGACAUUGCAAUUCUUAUACAGUCAUAAUAAGUCGGAUCUUCUGAUUCUUAAGACAAUAAAGCAGUCUGUUGAGAUGAGAAAUAGUGUUUGCCACAGUGCAACUAUAUAUGCAAAUGCCAUCAUGCAUGCUGGUACAACUGUUGACACAUUUCUUAGAGAGAACCUGGACUGGCUUAGUAGGGCUACAAACUGGGCAAAAUUCAGUGCCACUGCGGGACUUGGCGUCAUUCACAGAGGUCACCUGCAGCAGGGUAGAUCUCUUAUGGCACCUUAUUUGCCACAAGGUGGUAGUGGUGGUGGUGGAAGUCCGUACUCUGAAGGCGGAGCAUUAUAUGCACUUGGUUUGAUCCAUGCAAAUCACGGAGAAGGCAUUAAACAGUUUCUGCGUGAGAGCUUAAGAAGCACUAAUGUUGAGGUUAUUCAGCAUGGUGCUUGCCUUGGUCUUGGUUUGGCAGCUCUAGGCACUGCUGAUGAGGAUGUCUUUGAUGACAUAAAAAAUGUAUUGUACACUGACAGUGCUGUGGCUGGUGAAGCCGCUGGGAUUAGUAUGGGUUUGCUUAUGGUUGGGACUGCAACCGAGAAGGCUGGAGAAAUGCUUGCUUAUGCACAUGAAACCCAGCAUGAGAAGAUCAUUAGGGGGUUGGCCUUAGGGAUAGCAUUGACAGUUUAUGGAAGAGAGGAAGAAGCUGACACACUUAUUGAGCAAAUGACUCGGGAUCAAGAUCCUAUACUGCGUUAUGGCGGCAUGUAUGCUUUGGCCUUGGCAUAUAGAGGAACAUCAAACAAUAAGGCCAUACGUCAGCUGCUUCACUUUGCUGUGUCUGAUGUGAGUGAUGAUGUCAGGAGAACUGCUGUUCUUGCUCUAGGUUUUGUGCUGUAUUCUGAUCCUGAACAGACGCCUCGAAUUGUCUCCCUUUUAUCGGAGUCAUACAAUCCCCAUGUUCGGUAUGGUGCUGCACUUGCAGUUGGCAUUUCUUGUGCAGGCACUGGCCUUAGCGAGGCCAUAUCAUUGCUCGAGCCGUUGACAUCAGAUGUUGUGGACUUUGUUCGCCAAGGUGCCCUUAUUGCCAUGGCCAUGGUGAUGGUCCAGAUCAGCGAAGCCAGCGAUUCCAGAGUCGGUGCAUUCAGGCGGCAACUGGAAAAGAUUAUUCUUGACAAGCAUGAAGACACAAUGAGCAAGAUGGGUGCUAUCUUAGCAUCAGGAAUCCUGGAUGCCGGUGGGCGAAAUGUGACUGUCAAGUUGCUUUCGAAGACUAAACACGACAAAGUUACUGCAGUUGUUGGUCUUGCUGUGUUCACUCAGUUUUGGUACUGGUACCCGCUCAUAUACUUUGCUAGUUUGGCAUUUUCCCCGACUGCCUUCAUUGGCUUGAACUAUGACCUGAAAGUGCCAAAGUUUAACUUCCUAUCGCAUGCGAAGCCAUCAUUAUUUGAGUACCCUAAGCCGACUACUGUAACUACCACAACUUCAGCUGUUAAACUGCCCACAGCUGUUUUAUCAACAUCCGCCCGGGCUAAGGCCAGAGUUAGUAAAAAAGAGGCAGAGAAGGCAGCGCCAGAGAAGGCAGAGUCGAGUUCUGGAAAGGGUAAAUCAAGUGACAAGGAUGCAGAAUUGAUGCAGGUCGACAGCGCUGCUGCAGAGAAGAAAGUGGAACCUGAGCCCUCUUUUGAAAUAUUGACGAACCCUGCUAGGGUGGUGCCAGCGCAAGAGAAGGUGAUAAAAUUUCUUGAGGAGAGCAGAUAUGUUCCAGUGAAGGCAGCCCCCUCAGGCUUUGUGCUUUUGAAAGAUCUGCGUCCAAAUGAACCCGAAGAACUAUCUCUGACGGAUGCGCCAUCGUCAACAACAGCAGCAGCUGCAAAUGCGGGUGGGUCAACUACUGGACAAGCCUCGGCAGCAAUGUCGGUGGAUGAAGAGCCUGCCCCCCCACAACCAUUCGAAUACACAUCAUGAUUUGAUUCGUCCGUGAGUAGACAGACAUCCGACAGGCAGGCAGGGAGACCCCCCUGCUUAUUCUACUAAGAAAGCUAAGGUGCUGCCCGCUGGUAACCUGACUUUGUUGUUUCCUUCUACAUGGGCUCUUGAAUUUCUUGGUUUGGUUUGCUAUGCUAUGCUAUGCUCUAUGCUUUGUCAUUUCAUUACUGUGAUUUUCCUAUUUUGUAUUGUUCGCCCAUGAAGUGGAAUGGAAUGAAAUCAAAGAGCCUGCAGUUUCUUUUUA